CCUUUUAGCAUAAAUACGUCCAAUUGGAAAGUUCGGACAAAGAUCGGGAACCGCCAAGGACUAUAGCUUCAGAUAAACUCGCAUAUCACUUUAGAUCAAGCGCAGUAUUAACCGAUUGCUUGUCCAUCUCUGUUCGCAAUUCAAGACUACAAAUGAAGACGAUGCUGGGAUCGCAGGUCUUAUCACUUUUACUCGUUUUUAUCAUCUUCGCAACUGAGGCAGCGCAUGUUCCUGAACCUACUCUCACGGGGGAAAUCCAAAAGGAUGCCGUCUUCCCAAGAAGAUCAGAAAUGGCGUUUUUCGGUCUUUUUAACCAUUCAUGGUCGAUCGGCGUUUCUUGUGACGACGAAACUUUGAAGUACCAGGGAGAGAUCAGCUCCGAAACAGUCUCGCGAGUAACAUUCCCUCAAAACAACACACAGAGCGACAAAAUCAUCAACCGUUGCGAGUUCGUGGACGAACUGGCUAAGUUUUGGGGCGGUUACGUGUACAUCGAUAACGGAAUUCCUCCCUUCACCACCACCAUCACAGUCGCCAUUAUUCCUCAAUCAUACUACGGAUCAUUCAAAUUCCUAAUUAAAUGUUACGUUGUCGAUUCGCUUAUAACGAGUAGAUGUCUUCCAACUUCAAAUGAUCUUGAAACGGCACCGAAAGAUGAGGGCAAGCUAAACCGUGGCAAAAGUUGAAAGUCUAG